ACUGCCCAUGGACAGAGUGAAGAACUACUGCCUCAACUCCUCGCUGCACGGCCUCAGGUACAUAGCGGAGCCGGACAGCCACUGGAUAGAGCGGGUGUUCUGGGUGUGCUGCUGCCUGGCGUCGUGGCUGUACGCGGCCCGCAUCAUCGCGGAGUCGCUGGCGCAGUACAGCGCCGGCAGCAUCAGCUUCGUGGUGGAGACCACGUACCUCGAGUGGAACACCGAGUUCCCCUCGGUCAGCGUGUGCCAGAAGGAGGACCUGGGUGGCGCGGAGUCCUACCUUCUCAGGCUCGUAUCUGCAUGGCACUUGGGCCUUGUUCCCACACGCUGCGCUUGGGUCUUGGUGAAGCCCAACGCCAGCGAGGACGAGUUGUUCUCCGAGACGCUUGUGGUGAACGAGAUAGCCUUCUUCAUGGGCAUUGGCGAUGAGAUGAGCAACUGCGAGGACAUCGACUGUCCCGCCGACGGCAUGAGGGCCAUAGCCGACCAGAUACGGAAGCCCUGCCAGCAGCUGCUGCGGCGCUGCGAGUGGAACAGCCAGCCCUUCAGCUGCUGCAAGCACUUCCUGCUGCUCGACUCCGAGAUGGGGCCCUGCUUCGCCAUCAACAACAUCCAGGCCAAAAACUUCUCGAGGAAGACCAAGUUUCCAAUGAUCUCCAACAUGUCUACGGGUCCGGGCACCUUGAAGAUUCUGGUCAACGCUCCCUCAAUUGUGUACCUGACGUCGAAGGAGGACGUGCCCAACAUCGCGACCAAGAAGAACGCAGUGAAGCUGGACGCGCGGGAGGAGAUCAGGUUCUACGUGGCCGACGUGGACAACGAGGCGGAGGUGAAGGGUGUGAGCCUGGAGCAGCGGCAGUGUCGCUUCCCGGACGAGAACUACCUGGGCGAGUACCCGCACUACGCGCACAGCGCCUGCAUCGCCAGCUGCCACCGCGCCGCGCAGCUGGGCGCCUGCAACUGCACCUCGCACUUCACACCCGGGACAAGGGAGGAGCUGUUCUGCGACCUGAAGGGGCUGCAGUGCCUGCACCGGCACCGCGCGGCGCUCAUGACCGUGGCCGACGAGUGGGACGACGAGCGGCCCGGACUGCACUGCCACUGCCUGCAGAGCUGCGAGGAGGUGGACCUCACCGUCUUCUACAAGUCCUCCCAGCCGGCCAGGGAGGAGCUGGGUUACGCCGAAGUCAGCAUAGUCAUGGACCACUUGCCGAGCGAGCGAUACAUGCGCAAAGUUGUGAGGGACAAGCUAGACAUGGUCGGCGGGCGUGUCGCAGUGUCGACGGGCAGCACCAUCGGCCUGUUCCUGGGCGCCAGCCUGCUGAGCCUGGUCGAGCUGAUACACUACUUCGUGCUGCCCGCGUUCGAGCGCCGGCACGCCGCCCGCGUCGCCCCCGGGAACGAGGCCCCCGCGCCGCUCGUCAUCACGCACCCCCGCUUCGCGCGCCUCGGCGCCCGGCUGGCCGGGCCGGGCCACGUCAACGUCAUCCACGUCCGGUAG